AUGGAUAAUUCCCCAAGGGGGAACUUCAUGUUCUUUCAAAAGAAUAAAAGUAAUGACAAUCAACUGAGUCAUAAAUUUGAAGACACCAUGUAUGCCAAAGGAGAGGAAAAGAAAAGUGGAAAAAGGGGCGGCACAGACAACAAAGGUGUAACACCUGUGUUGAAGGAUCAAGGGGUUAACAUCUACAUGAAUACUCCACCGGGUAUGCUAGAUAAGAACAUAAACACUGGCAAAAAAUAUGAUAAUGUGACUGGGGCCUUGCCGGCCUCUUCCCCCAUGGGUGAAAAAAGUUCCGAACAUGUGCAGAGCAUUUUUGCCGAUCGGGGCGUAGACAUGAAAAAGAUACCCGGGAUGGAGGAGAAGGAAACUCCAGGCGGGAUGAGUAAUUACACAGUGAAAAAUUACAAAGUUAGCGGUCACGGGAUGAGCAGCCACACGGAAAGCUCAAAAGAACCCCCUAAAAACACCCAACAAUUUAAGCCCAAAUUUAAUAAGAAUAAAAAAAAUCCAAACAAGGAGGAGAGCAACAUGAACAGCAUGUCGAAGGAUAUUAAAAUUCGAAAAAGCAACAUUCUGGAGUUGAACAAGUUGCUAAAGGAGAAUUUGAGGAUAGAGGAAAAUUUAAAGAAAAAAAAAAAAGGGAAAGGAAAUAAGGACGAUGAGGAUGAUGAUGACGAAGAUGAAGAGGAGGCGUAUGACCAGGACUACUACCAGAUGUGGGGGGACAACUCCAGCAGGUAUGCUCUCCGAGAUAGUGCGCGUGAUAAAGCAACUCCAGGAGAACACCACGAACAUGUACAGAAGGACCAGAGUAGCCAAGAGGAAGGCUCUGUGGAAGGCAAAAGAGACAACGCAAAGGAGAAAAAGGAAAAGGGGAAGAGGAAAAAUAAGGAAAAAAACAAAGACAAUAAAGCGAAAGGAAAAAAUGAAGAGCGCGAAAGGGAGAAGGAUAAGUCCAUUUCGAAGGGGAAAGCCAAGGAGUUUGACUCCAACGAUCAAGAGGAGGAUGACAAGAAGAAGGAGCACCUUCCAAUUAGCAACCAAAACAACAUCGUGAAUAGCAAUCCGAGUAACACCCCAAACAGCAGCAUUAACGUCAUUCUGGGUGGCGGCUUGAAUAGCGGUCCAAGCAUUAUCCUCAAUAUGGACAACAAAAACAGCGGAAAGAAUAAAAAGGCCAAGAACAAGAAGGGGGAACAGCACCAAGACAAGAAAAACGAGUCACCGCAAAAUAGGAAGAACGAAUCUGGACAAAACAAGAAGAACGACUCGCCACAAAAUAAGAAGAAUGAUUCUCCACAAAACAAAAAAAAUGAAAUGAUGCAAAAUAAGAAAAUGGAUUCCCCGAAAAAUAGGAAGAACGAUCAGGGGGAAAACAAAAAAAUGGAUUCUCCCCAAAAUAGGAAGAAUGAUUUAGGGCAUAACAGAAAGAACGAGUCGCCUCAAAAUAGGAAGAACGAAUCGGGGCAGAACAAAAAAAACGAUUCCCCACAAAACAGGAAAAAUGAUUCUCCUCACAAUAGGAAGAAUAAAAGGGAAGACUUUAUCACAGGUGCGAAUGCAAACUGCCUGCUAGACCAAGGAGAUGGCAAAAUGGUCAAAAAUGAGUUACUCCUCGAAAGUAGUAUGAUUGGGAAGAAUAAAAAUAUAGACAGCUCGAUAAACUUUUCCCCACACUACAGUUACUAUUACAGCAAUAACAAAAGUGAUAUCCCCACGAUGAGUACCUCCAGAAGGGGGGCAUUCAAUAAAGUUCACUUGGAUCUCUACUGCGAUAGUAGUGGGGGCUACAUGAUGGACUCCAGUGACAACAAAAGUUUCAGCUAUAAGAAGGAGCCUCGAAGUGAUAUGUUCAAGUUGGGCAAUAACAACAUCGGCAGUGGCGGUGGUCAGGGCAGUGACACUGGUCCUGUUGGUAGUGCAGGCAAUCAUGGCAACCUUGGCAGUAGCCUGGGCAACCUCGGGGGACUAUCCCUGAGCGGUAAAUUCCACAUGAAUAAAAAUUUCUUCAAAUCGCACGAAAUGGGGAACUACCAUUUUCAAGACUUAAGCAGCACGUAUGACAAGUAUAAGGGCUCCUUCGACCCGACCUCCAUGUCUGAAUUUCUCGACCACGAGACGGGCAAAAGAUACGUCCACAACAAAACUUGGGGCAGUCACAGUGAAGUGAAAAAUGUCAAGGACAACAACGUCGUCAAUAUAAAAACGAACAAUGCUAUUGGUACCAACAGAAACAAUCAUAUGAACCUCAAUCUGAGCAGUAAGGAUAAUCGGCUAAGCAUUACCAAAGGGAGUGAUAAGAGAACGCCUAGCAAUAUUAUACACCCCAGUAACAAUCAUAUAGGGAAAAAAUACACGAGUAGCAAAAAUUUGCAAAGCUAUAAUAAUAAUAAGUUGAACUUCUCCAGUGAGGGAGUCGAUCUGGGCAUGAGCUCCAAGAUGAAUAUUUUUAACAACGCCGGUGAGGUAGGGGGGAGUGCGUUGGGUGGAAGCAACGCUGGGGGGAAUAAUAUGUCUGCGUAUCAUAUGGCUAGCCACCCCGUUGGGAGUAAUCAUCUGGGUAGCAAUAACAUAGGAAGUAAUAACAUAGGAAGCAAUAACCUAGGAAGUAAUAACAUAGGAAGUAAUAACCUGGGGAGUUAUCACCUGCCCAGCAACGUAAGCAGCAGCAACCUGGGGAGCAGCAACAGCGUGGGCAACGUACUGAAGGAUGAGAGCCACCUAUUGGGGGGCAGAACCUACAACAACAUGCUGAGCAACAGCAACAUGAACCCCAUGUUGAACGGAGAAAAUAAUAAUUUGCUGAACAGCAGCUAUGCGAGCGUUACCAACGUCCUAAACAGCAGCAACGGCAUGGUUACCAGUGGGAACAAGGUGUACAACAGUGGGGGUGGGGAGGGGAACCUUAACGAGAGCAUGAAUAACGUAGGAAGCUUAAACGGAACAACCUUCCAAACGAACAAGUCCAACAGUACAUUAAAUAAUAGAGUAAACAGUAGCAAGAAUCACAUGAACGACCUAGCGGGUGGACAAAGCUACGUGAACAAUGUUUUACUGUACGACAGUGGAGGUGUUAUGUAUAAUGGAAAGGUUGGAAGCAUGAAUGGCUACGCAAGGCACAACGUACCCCCGUUUUCUGGACAGACCUUGGAUAAUUACGCUAACCAGAGCGUGGAUAACUAUGCCAACCAGAAUGUGGAUAACUACGCAAACCAAGGUGUGGACCAUUAUGCCACCCCCAACAUGGACAACUACCUGAACCCCAACAUAGAUACUUACGGGAGUCCCCAUUUGGACAACUAUGGCAGCCCCGUCAUGGACAGUUACGUGAACCCAAUUAUGGACAGCUACGCAAACGUAGCCAUGGAUGGGUAUGCCAACUCCCGCAUGGACAAUUAUGACAACCCCACCGUGGAUAACUACGUGAACCCCAAUGGGGACAAUUAUGCAAGUCCUAAUGUGGACAGUUAUGCUAAUCCGAACGUGGAUAGUUAUGCUAACCCUAAUGUGGACAGUUAUGUAAACCCGAAUGUGGACUACCCAAACCAGAGUAUGGACACCUACGCGAGCCCCCACAUGGAGAACUAUUCCACCCCGCACAUGGACAACUUCGUGAAUCCCCUUAUGGACAGCUACAUGAACCCCAACAUGGAGAACUAUCCAAACCAAAGCAUGGAAACCUACGGUGGCCAGAACAUAGGCAGUUUUGCCCCCCCCAAUGUAGACAACUUUGCCGCCCCCAAUGUAGAUAACUUUGCUGCCCCAAAUGUGGACAGCUUUGCCACCCCAAAUGUGGACAAUUUCGCUUCACCCAACAGGGAGAGUUUCCCCCCCCAGAAUGUGGAGACCUUCGUCGGGCCUAGUGGGGAGUCCUACCCCCAUGGGUACAUGAACAACCUUCCUAUGAAUUACCUAAACGGAGGAAUGACAUCGACACUGAACAACAGCAGAGGCACAUCUUCUAUAAACAACAUCAGUCAGUAUUCUAACGAGCUUAGUAACACAUCUGGGAAUAUGCUGAACAGUAUGGUAGGGAAAAAGAAUAACUUGUUGCUGAGUGGCAUGAACAACACAGUGAGCAGCUCCAAGGGAAACUUCGGCAUGAAUUACAUCAACGAUACAUUUAAGAAGGCGUCCAAUUUGUUUUUAAAAACUGUUAUGAGGAGGGGAACCAGAAAUUCCAGUGGAAAUAAAAUUAAAAGAAACAAAAAUAAAGAGUUGUUAGAAAGUAAAGUUGCCAAGUACGAAUUGACAUCACCUACGAAGGAAAGCAACGGAAGUGGCAUGUUGCACGAUAGAGGGGGCAUAAACUAUGUACUAGAGGAUCCUCCUCCAGGGAGACCAAAAUAUAUACAUAAUAGCGAAAUGACAGAACGGAUCAACGAGAAUGAUCCUGCGAGCGCAUUAACAACAGCCAUAGCAACUGCUAUUGCAACGUCUACCAGUGGGGCAGGCACUAGCGUCCAACACAUGAAGUGCUUAGAAGAAAACCAUACAAUAAAGAAGAAGGUAAAGAAAGAAAAAAGAACCCACGUGAAAAAUAUUAAAAUAAAUAUAAACAAAAUUAACCUUCUUGAAAAUAAGAAGAAAAAAUAUUUGGCGGAAAUUAUCAGAUGUGAACUCAUUUGGGGACCCACGAAAAAUAAAGAACCCAUAACUCCGGUGGAGAGUUGUGAGUUACACCCUGUUGUUAUAAUAAAAGAUCAAUAUGGACAUCUGUACGAUGACGACGAAGACAAUGAGAACAACCCCAUAGGAAAAACUGUUAAUAUUUUCUACAGAUGGAGUAGAGGACCUCCUCGAACCGUUUGCUUCUUCCACCCACAAAAAAUUGCUUGCUUGCAAUGCACCGUCACGUUUAGAUGCUUCUGCUCGUAUGAAUGUUUCAUGAAAGGAUUCGAUCACUUGCACAAGUAUUAUCGAAGCAAUGGUCUCAUUAAUAUUCCUUCCCACCCGAAUCUGCAUACCUAUGGUGUGCCUUGCUCACCGUUCGAUUGGGAUAAUUAUGAGAAGAAUAUCGAGUUCGAUGAGAAGCACUACAAUUCGUUAAUACAGUCUGGGUUGCUAAACUCGCCGGACAUGGAAAAGUGGGAAAUAAUUAACAACGAGAGGAACUACAUCCCUUGCUUGAAAGACGUGGGUCACCAAAUCAUGCUGGAGACUAUGCUGCUCGAUAAAAAUACCAUGUCAUCGGAGAAUGGGACAACCAGCUCUGACGAAUGUGAGGGUAGUAGUGUCGACGAGGAUAGCAGUGGGGAUGCCAGUCAGGUGGAAGAAAAUUGCACAGUUGGCCCGGUUAACGAACUUCUUAAGGGCGAAGUGCACCAGGGCAGCGAUUUCAAUCUGUCCUCCGCCGAUGAGAAGAAGCAAAGCCCCGCAGCGUGCUCGCGUUAUGCAGGUGUGCAGUCGGACCAGGUAGAAAGUUUCAGUGGUAUGCAGUAUGUUGAUAGCCAUAAGGAGGAGGACACCUACUCAGGGCAGUUCACCGACGGAAACGGCAUCGUCAAUGGGGAAGCAGACACUACCAACCUGAACGAUGAAGGAACCUCCGCGGUGUUCACCUCGACGGAGGCAAACGGGAAGCAAACGUUGCAUAUUGAUGGCACGUUGAAUGAGGACAAUAAUGUGUGUAGCUCACCAGCAGAUGAGGGUAAGGACCCAACCAAGGGAGAGUACACAACCAAGAAUGUCCCUAAUCACAGCGUAAAUGAAGAAAGCGAAGGAAACGAAAAUAGAAUGAACAGUUUUGGCAUUACUUGUAUGGACAACGGGGGCAACAACGAUACCUUUGUGCGUAACGAUGAAGCGAUGUUUGUACAUAGUGAAGGAGAACCAACAAAUGGGUUAAACCCCCAGAGUGGUGACUCAAAGGAUGGGUUAACCGAAUUGAAGCAGAACAACGUGACGACGCCUGCAAAUGGAUGCUCUGUAGAAAACGUCGAGGAUAAGCAAACGAAUGAGGGUGACAGAAGUGGCAUGUCCACUAGUCCUAGUAAAAGUGCAACGGCAGAAGUGGAGGGAAAAACCACCACGGAAAAACUCACUCUCGAAAGGGAAAAGAAUCAAAUCCAGCCGACCCAGGAAAACGCCCUUCAGUUGAAGAAGAAGAAGAAGAAGCGGAAAAAGAAAAAAGUCUACAUACUGGAUGACCAAGUGUGGAACAACAUAAGGGACCCCAACAUCUAUCACAAAAUAAUUACAGGCUGUUGUAUCCCCAAUGUGACUAUUUCCCCGAACUAUAACGUAACGUGUUUUAAGAAUUCCAAUGUGAGCAAUCCGAACAACCAGUUCACCAUAAUGACAUGGAAUGUGCUGGCCGAAAUAUACGGCACUGUUGAGGCCUUCCCCCACUGCGACCCGUACAUGCUGGCUUGGUCCUAUCGCAAGACAAAGAUCAUUCAGGAAAUUUUGAACAACAGCCCGGACAUCGUCUGCCUGCAGGAAAUACAAAAUGAACACUUCUUGGACUUUUUCAAACCUUCGUUGAGCGAGUUCGGCUACGAAGGCGUCUACAAACAGAAGACGAAGGAAAUAUUUACUUCCCCCUCGGGAAAGAGAAGAGGAGGAAAGUACACCAUAGACGGAUGCGCUAUAUUUUACAACAAAAAAAAGUUGAAGUUUGUGGAAACCUACGCCUUAGAGUUUAGCAAGCUGAUCAAGGAAGCCUCAGUGUUUACGUUGCCAAAGGAUAUUCAGAAAAACCCAUCAUUGGUGAAGCGACUGUUAAAGGAUAACGUGGCGUUGGUUAUACUGCUCGAAUACAUACAGCAGUAUUCAAAAAUGUAUGACAGUAAGGAGGAAAACAACGAGGAAAAACCAAAUAGAAACCUUAUCAUUGUUGCCAACACGCACAUUGUAGCAAAUCCCGAAGCCAAUUACGUGAAAAUCUGGCAAGCACAAAUAUUGGUCAAGGUAGUUGAAUACCUGAGGAUAAAUUUUAUAAAAAAAUAUGAAACCGUUCCAAGUUUGAUUAUAUGUGGAGAUUUUAACAGUACCCCUUCUAGUGCAGUGUACCAGUUGAUAUAUAAAAAAAACUGCAGCAGGAGUCAUGAAGACUUCAGUUCAGACAAGUACAGUCUACUGACAGACCUGCCACUUGGGCACAACUUAAAUUUGAAGUCAGCUUACGCUAUAUCCAAGCUACUGUCCCAGAAGCUUAACCCGGAAGAGUAUACAUCCAACUUGGAGGUCUUCGAGCCAUUGUUUACCAACUACACCGGGAACUUCAUAGGAUGCUUGGACUACAUUUUUUACAAUGACGAAAACUUGAAUAUUAUUUCCACCGUCAAUAUUGCUGACGAGAAUCAGCUGAUGCAGGAGGCGCACAUUUACCAGCUGUCCAACUGCGCUUUACCGAGCCCCAUUCGCCCCUCCGACCACCUGCCCCUCAUUGCUAAGUUCGAGUUCAAGAUUUACUGA